AUGCCUCAGAGCUUCACCUCACGCCCGCGCUCGUCGCGCGACUCAAGACCGGCCAGUCGAGCAGAUGAGGACCUCGUCAUCCCGGACCGCACAUCGUCGCUUCAUUCACGCAUCACACAACCAUUGGCAUCGCAACUAGCCCAACCGCGCAACGGUCAGCGUACACCAAAGACUCUCACGCAUGCCUACAUGGUAUGCGGUGUUGGUCGUGAGCCGUCGCAAUGGGUCAAGGCACCCCCACCACCACAGGGAAAGAUUGGACAUAUGAAGGGUGCUGUCGGUCAAUUCUGGCUUCCUGAGAUUCUGGGAAGCAGCCCGAGGUUGGAACAGGACAACGACAUUGCUCGUGCUCUGCAUGCUGCUAUGAGGGCAUGCUUCCCUCACGAUGUCGAGAUCUGCACCGGCAGCAUGCAGCCUCACUGCGUACACCACGCCUUUGUCCUCCAGCAGGACUCAUCUCACACUCUUUACGGUAUCGCUCUUCGUGUCUGGUCCCGCGCAGACGAGAAGCGUGCCGAGACAAUUCGCGAGUUGAGAAAACGCACCGAGUCCGACUACUAUGAGAGCCCUGGCGAGACAUACUGGAUCCCUUACUGCUUGAGUUUCCUUUCGAGAUAUCCUCUUUACAACCUCCUUGGCGACUACCUUCGUGGCAUGUGGAUCCACUGGAACAAAGCCACCAACCUCUUCCAUGCCGAGGAAGUCUCUCGUAUCCUCAGUUUCCCUGCUCCCAGACUCAACGACCUCGUCCGCAUCGACAUGAAGGACUACGCCCUCUGUUAUCAGUUCCCUUCAUCUCCAACCGGCUUCCAGAAUUUCGCCAUGUGGCCUCUGUUCUCUUGUUUGUCUAUUCCUAACAUUGUCGGUGUCAUCGAAGCCGCCAUCUCGCCUACCAGAAGAAUUAUUUUCGUCAGCCACUACCCUGCAAUGUUGACCAUGGCCGCCGAGACUAUCCGUUACAUGGUUCGCGUCUACGAGUGGAGUGGUUUGUACGUUCCCAUCGUCCACGCUCGGCAUGCAAAGGACCUCGUUCAGGAGCCUGGUCCGUAUAUUAUUGGUGUCACCGCUGAGUGUCGUACUCUCUUUACCGCUCCAAACGACGCUCUGGUUGUCGAUCUGGACCGCAACUUUGUACUGACCUCAAGCCCUCCGGAUGUUUUGACUUCCGGCCAAAGAACGAAAAUGAUCAACCGUCUUACCCAGGCUCUCAAUGGCGAUGUCGCUCCUUCUGGUGUUCCACAGCACUUGCGCUCCGCAUAUGGUGGUGGUAAGCUUAUUCCUGCUGGUCAAAUUAUCGUUAUGCGUGGCGAGGUCGAGAGUGUUCAAGAUCCUGGUUGGUGGAACCAAGAUGCUGUCAUGACAGUAAUGGACCAUGUCUGCGAGAAGUUGGGCCGUAACACUGGUCUGAAGGCUGUUUUCGGAGGUGCUCAGAAGAAGCCUUUGAUGACCAAGGUUUCGAUGCGUCAUCUUAACGAAAUUAUCCGUGAGCGUAACCAAUACUCGCGUGACGCAAACGAGGCCUGGCAAGACUUCAUCAACCUCAAGUGCCGUAUGGAUACCGAGGUUGUCAAGGUUACCAAGCGUAACAACAUUCUGGAUGCCGAGCUCGAUUCCUGGAAGCAGCAGUUCCUCAAGUUCCAGUCUUUCGCUGAGACGCUUACCAAGGAAACUCAGGAUCUCAAGGUCAAGAUUGAGGGCCACAAGCGCGAGAACAGAAGACUGGGCCAGAUCGCUGACCAGGCCAAGGAGGAGAUCGCUCGUCUUACGCCUAGGCUCAGUGGCACCGAGAAGCAAAGAGACGACGCUUUGGAAGCUCUUGUUCUCCAGCAAGAAAUUGCUGAGGAGCUCGAGCGCGAACGCAAGCGUAACAAGCAAGAAAUUGCAUCUCUGCAGCAGACCAACUCAGCAGUCCUCCGCCAGCGCGAUGAGGCACAGCGUGUUGUCCUUCACCUUCGUGCUCUGAUCGAUGGUCAAGCACACCACAUGGAGCACAUUGUUCGCACCAUUGAAUUGCCCGACGAGACUGACGAAGCCGCUGCCACUGCCCUUCCCGCAUCGCCGGCUCCUGGCUCUGCCAUCACUAGAGAUCUUGGCAGCACCAGCAGCUCCCGCGCCUCAUCUCGAAGCAGCACUCGCAUGUCAGCUCGUGGUGAAGAUGCUGCAGCAGAAGCACUGCGUCGCAAUGCUGAUGCACGUCGUCGUCUGAGCUCUCUCAGCAUGACCGAUGUAGCAGACCGCCAAUUGCGCGACAAGACCGACGCUAUUGCGUAUAUCAUCCGCAACAUUAGCGAACAGUGUGCCGCCGCUGUUGAAGGUCUCAACAUGGCUCAGCGUGCUGAGUCUGUUGCUGGCGACCGUAACGGGAAUGAUGAGGAGGCAAGCUUGGCUUCAUCUGAGCACGGAGGCAACCUCAAGCGCCGCAGCAAGGGUCGCAUCAUGACGCGCGCCUCUUUGAGUGACGCUGCUUCUGAGUAUGACGGUAGUGAAGCAUCCGCAUCUUCAAAUUACAGCCUGCACGAUGCACGAAGCCACACGAUCCGCAGUAGCAUCCCUCCCACUCCUGAUCUCAUUCACAGCCACAGCGCAAACACCCUGAACAACCGCAGCAGCACAUCCAUGAGCAUGAUCUCUUCUUCCACAGCCGCCACACCGACCGAUCGCGGAAGCAUGCAAAGCCACUGGCGCACCACCUUGCAAGAGGACAUCCCCGAGCUCCCUACCAAAAUUGUCAGAGGAGAGUCCAGUGAUUCUGGCGUCGUCGACGAAUUCGGCGGAAACUCCGGUAUCGAGGACGAAGAGCCUCUCAACGCCAAGUACUCACCCAGAGGUCUCGAGCACCGCCUGAACAUGCGCGCGAACUAA